AUAUUUAUUUAUAACCUUUUUCCUUCUUCGCACAUGUGUCAAAGUGUCAACACAGUCUUCUCUCUGUCAACAUACACGUUUAUAGUUUACUUAAUUUGUAAACAAAAAUGAAUAGAAAUUUAAAUGACGUUCUUCUUAUUAUUGAGAGUAUCAGAUUGAUUGAAAAUGAGGAGUUUUCUGCAGCUGCACAAAUAAUUUUGGAAGGCAGAAACAACUUGCUAAGAAUUCGUAAUGUGAUAAGUGAUGAUACAUUCAAUACUCUAAAUAAUAGUUGCGAUAAUUUAAAACAAAUAUGUGAUAACUGCAAUCAAAAUAUCAAUAACAGCAGCAGAUCUUAUGUUGCGCCAAGAUUAAAUAAUUUAGGUAGAGGAAGAUCCAAAGUCCAUAUAACUAGAGAACAGUUAGAAUUUUUAAUACAAGAAAAUUAUACUGCAAAAGAAAUGGCUAAGCAUUUCGGUUGUUCUACAAAGCUAGUAUAUAAAAAAUGUUAUUCAUUCGGUAUUAAAAUACGAAAUAAGUAUUAUAAUGGUAGUGACGCAGAAUUGAAUCGGGAGAUUUCGGAUUUACAUGCUCAAUAUCCUAAUAGCGGGAGUAAUAUGAUAACAGCUUACUUAAAAGUUAAAGGAAAAAUAAUUCAAAGGCAAAGGGUUAGAAGGAUAUUAGCCGAAAUUGAUCCUAUUGGUACUGCUUGUAGAUGGAGUAAUGCGAUACAUCGCAGAACAUAUAAAGUGCCAACACCCAAUUCUUUAAGGCAUAUUGAUGCGAAUUUAAAGCUGAUACGAUGGCGAUUUGCUAUUCAUGGAUGUAUAGACGGAUAUUCACGAUUAAUUAUAUACUUAAAGUGCACUACUUCAAUGACAGCCAGCACAGUAAUUCCAUUUUUUGCUACCGGCGCAGUACAAUAUGGCUUACCAUCCAGAGUAAGAUCAGAUUUUGGAUAUGAAAACUUAUUUGUUGCAAUGGUUAUGAAUGCUAUUCAUGGACUAAACAGAGGAAGUCAUUUGACGGGUCGUUCGGUGCAUAAUCGUAAAACGUAUAGAGAGAUUAUGGGUAGACGUAUAUAAAGAAGUGGGCGAUUUUUUUCAUAAUGAAUUUACUAUGUUAGAAGAAGAUAGAUUAUUAGAUAUUAAUAACGAAAAACAUAUAU